CCCUGUUACUGUUCUGUCUGUAUCCGGCUUGUCUAGCUUUUUAAAGGAAUUUCUGAUUCAGGCACUAACAGCUAAUUCCACAGGAGUUGUAAGGCAGCCUGUGACACAAACUGAGAAAGAAGUUUCCCCUCAGAGACUGUCUUUUUUUUCUUUUCUUUUCUUUUUUUUUUUACUGGCAAAGACUUCUGGCUCUCCUCAGAGGAAUACCUUGUUGCUUAAGAUGAGUGGCUGUAGAAAACGGUGUAAACGUGAAAUAUUGAAAUUUGCCCAGUACCUUCUCAGACUAUUAACAGGUUCUCUUCAUACAGACAGCGUGGAAGAUGAACUGGAGAUGGCCACCGUCAGGCAUCGGCCCGAGGCUCUCGAGCUGCUGGAAGCCCAGAGCAAGUUCACCAAGAAGGAGCUCCAGAUUCUUUACAGAGGAUUUAAGAAUGAAUGCCCCAGUGGUGUUGUUAAUGAAGAGACCUUCAAAGAGAUUUACUCGCAGUUCUUCCCGCAGGGAGACUCUACAACAUAUGCACAUUUUCUGUUCAAUGCAUUUGAUACGGACCACAAUGGAGCUGUGAGUUUUGAGGAUUUCAUCAAGGGUCUUUCUAUUUUGCUUCGGGGGACAGUACAAGAAAAACUCAACUGGGCCUUUAAUUUGUAUGACAUAAAUAAAGAUGGCUACAUCACUAAAGAAGAAAUGCUUGACAUAAUGAAAGCAAUCUAUGAUAUGAUGGGUAAGUGCACCUAUCCUGUCCUCAAAGAAGAUGCUCCCAGACAACACGUGGAAACAUUUUUCCAGAAAAUGGACAAGAAUAAAGAUGGAGUGGUCACCAUAGACGAAUUCAUCGAAAGCUGCCAAAAAGAUGAAAACAUCAUGCGCUCCAUGCAGCUCUUUGAAAACGUGAUUUAACUUGUUGAACGUGUCCUUGAUCCAACAGACAAACGUGAACUAUUCUACACACGAAGUUGGAGCUACCACUCUUAGCAUAGAUUGCUCAGCUUUACACUGAGGCAUAUUAUGCAAACUAGCUUUGUUUUAAUAUAAAGCAACCCUCAAGAGAUUUGAGUUUUCCAUUUAUAAAUCUGCAUCCUUUUCAUGAUGCCGCUGAGUUCACGGGAUGUUCUAAGUCAUUUCAUACCCUGUGAAUAUUCAAAGGGAGCAGAACCUGGCAUAUGGGUUUACUGAUUCUGUAGCCAUGGGAUUAUUGAGGCUUUCACAUUAUCAGUGAUUUUAACACAUCAGUGGUUUUUACUACUCAUUUGUAUGUAUUCAUCCCCAGGAUUUUAAAUUGUUUUCUAAAAUACUGGCAUCUGCAUUUAAUUUCCAGAAAUUAAUUUCCAUGUUUGUAUGCCGUAAUUCCAUUUAUACCUUAAGGAAACAAGACAAGAUUACGACAACUGAGAAAAACAAACAAACCCAAGUCCCAGUUUCUAUGGAUUUGCUGCCUUCUGUUAAAGACAUUCAUUUACCUGGCAUUUUUUAUAACAUGAACCAAAUCAGUUUAUCACCAGAUGUCCGCAUAUGCCUAAUAAAGCUUAUUUAAUAAGCAUUUCCUAAUUUUUCAUAAUACAUAUUAUAGCCAAGGCCUACAUGAUGUCUGUAAUUUUCGAUUUGUUCAAUCCGACAGGUUGACCGUUUCCUAUUGUGUCAUUAAGUGGAGGUCCAAGAAGGUUUGAGACAAAGCGAGGAUGUCCACAGGGUUAUGCAAAGGGCCAGGAGAUCUGCCCUCUGUACACAGUGACGCUUAGCAACAAGUAACCCUUCACUGCAGUAAAGGCCUGGCGCGUCCUCCUUCCCAAACCCCCUCCCGGCACCGUCAGAUUACAUGCCAUCAGGGACAAAGAAACCCUGACUGCCCCAAUGCCUACUAGGAACAAACAGCAAGCAGAGUUCACUCUGAAAGCACCAGUGAUUCCAUUACCUUGAGAACUAUAAUACUGAAAUCUAGUAGAAGAUGAAUGUAAGUGCUAAGCAGCUCCCCUGGGCUGUAUUAUGAUUUAGCUCAUCAUAAAACUCCAGUCAUUCCGAUUAUUUUUAAUGAUCUUAGGCCAACAUUGUGAAGUUGCCACAAUAUUACUAAUGAUACACACCCCCUCCUGUUUUGCAGAAAUAUCAAAGACCAAGAGGCUAGAGUAGGAGGAGACCUGCAACUGUCUUUGCAACAAUAAAUCAGGUACCUAUUCUGGUGUAGAGAGAGGAUGUUGACAGCUGCCCUGCUAGCACCAGUGUAGAAGUUCAGAGUAGUACAAUACAUGUACACUGAGAUCUGCCAUCGCGUGUUUGUGUAAACUCAAUGUGCACAUUUUGUAUUUCAAAAAGAAAAAAUAAAAGCAAAUAAAAUGUUUAUAACUCUA